AUGUCUCAAGCGCCAUUAGAGGAACAAAAGAAGGCCGUGGCCGCAUCGGCUGCCGCGCAGCAAUCUGAUAACAUUGCGCAUGCUUUGGCGGGUGCAGGGGGAGGUAUCCUCUCCAUGGUUCUCACUUAUCCCCUCAUUACCCUCUCUACUCGCGCGCAAGUCGAAUCAAAGCGCGCCCAAACCUCUACUCUCGACGCCGUGCGACACAUCAUCCAACGCGAAGGAAUCAGCGGCCUCUACUCCGGCUUGAACUCCGCUUUGUUCGGAAUCAGUAUGACAAACUUCGUAUACUAUUACUGGUACGAAUGGACUCGCGCCGCAUUCGAGAAAGCUGCCGAAAAGGCCGGCCGAGCCUCGAAAAAGCUCACAACCGUUGAAGCCAUUAUCGCAGGCGCCAUUGCCGGCAGCGCAACGGUGCUCCUCACAAACCCGAUUUGGGUCAUCAACACUCGUAUGACCGCUCGUCGGAACGAGGCAGAUGAGCCAGGAUUACCGGGUGGUGAGAAACCAAAGAAGUCCAAAUCUACGAUUCAGACUCUUCUGGAUCUUCUCAAAAAUGAAGGACCUACUGCCUUGUUCGCUGGUGUGCUCCCAGCUUUGGUGUUGGUUAUCAACCCAAUCCUUCAAUACACUAUCUUUGAGCAAUUGAAGAACGUCUUGGAGCGAAAGCGACGAGUUACUCCCAAGGACGCAUUUUAUCUUGGCGCAAUAGGCAAGAUUCUCGCUACUACCAUCACUUACCCGUAUAUCACUGUCAAGAGUCGUAUGCACGUUGCCAGCAAGAACGAUCCCCGUCAGACUCUUAACGGAAGUUUGAAGAAGAUUAUCAAUGAGGAGGGAUACACAGGUCUCUACAAGGGUAUCGUGCCCAAGGUGACCCAAAGCGCCAUCACCGCUGCGUUUCUCUUUGCGUUCAAGGACGUUCUAUACGAUGUCAUGGUAGCCGCUCGCCGACGCCGCUCAAUCGCCAAGUAA